GCUCAUUAUCAAACAUGAGCACAGUGGACCGGAAGUCCUCACCUGUCCGACUAAACACUUUAUUCCCAGGCUCCCUUCACAGCCACAGAGUGUAAAGUGUAUGUGAAAUGCUGACUUCUCUAUGGGCGACAUGCUCCAAUCUUCCAGCAGAGUCAAACUCAACCGAGUCGCCCUGAAGGACGUCAUUGGGGUCAAAAUAGCUCCGAGGCGGAGAAAAGUCCAGCAGCCGAGGGCCGACUCCAAGGAGGAAGACAAGUCCGUGCUGGAAGACUCGGGAUGUAACAAAUCCCCUCGGGAUGUUUUAUCAUACAAGAAGGGCGCAGAAAACGGGAGAGCCUCGUCCAUUGCGGCUCCCGGCGGAAAGCAGGAGAAGCGCGUAGACAAUAAUAGGACAAACUCUCCUGGACCUGCAGGUUUGGAAGGUUCUAUGAGAAGAUCCAAUGGCUGCUUUGACUCUGUCUGCCAGGAGUCCAAGUUCUCCCUCCGUCCACAGAAAAAUGGUUCUAAACGGGGACUGAAACGUCCAAGCUCUGACCCGGUUCAGGGUAAGGCCAAGAGCAAAAAGACAACUGCAAAGAGAUCUGAGGAGAGACAAUUGCGGACAAAUCCCAAGGUUGUUCUUUGCGACUUUGCUAAAAAUUGUAGCGCCUGUAGACGUGGAUGUGGCGUCAUUUUACCUAAAGAUCUCAAGAACAAAGCUAUGCGUUGCUUCAAGCAAUCGGGACUUCAGUGUUGGCCUGGUUGUGUGUUUCAUAAUAAACCUGAAGAACAGACUUGCAGUGCAGUUCUGGACGGGAAGAACAUCCGCCAGGUUCUGAAUGAAGAAGUUGGCAAUAGGCAGAUGCCGCUCAGAGAGGCCACAGCGCUCCUCCACAGCAGGUUGAGAAACCAAGUCUCCACCUCUGCUGUUGCCUCCUCUUCAAAGCAUGACAGCGUUGGAAACCGCUCCACGGACACAUGUUCAGAAGGGGCUGGCCCCGUUUCUGACCAGACGGAUUCACAGGCCCACAAAAGAAUCAACCUUGGGGAAAUCUCUGGGUUCAUCCGCUCCAGACACCCAGCUGCAAAGGGAAGCAACGCUGCUUUGAAGCUUUGUAAGGAGAAUGGACACCAGACAGAAUUAUAUGGAGCACAAAUCCCAUCAGAACCCAUCUGUGAGAAAAACCACAACGAUAUCCCGGAGUCUUUCACCUGCCAGAGAGUGAAUGUGUACUUCAGGAAGGCACCAUAUUCAUGCGCUCGCACCAACAUCGUCUGGCCUUUCGGUAAGGGUCACCUGAGUUCACAUGGACCUUUGGCCUCUUCUUCAUCGAAGGGCGUCAAUUUCUCAGUGACUGACUCUGUAACCGAGGUCACAAAUCAGGUGGGUUCCUCCAGCAGUGCCGCACUUCCAGAAACACCUUUGAGCAAACAGGAGGGUGGUGAUGGGAACGCGGCUGUACUGUCUGAAGGUUUAACCAACAGCCUUCACUUGCAUUCAAAUCCCACUGACGACGAUGAUGAGGAUCGAACACCUUCCUCCCUGGCUAAUGGGCUGGAAACAGACAGCACCUGCAUGACCAGCUCCACCCUUGCUUUUUCUCCACCUUCAGACGCAUCCACCCACGGUGAUCCUAACUGCCUUACAUCUCCUUUAUUCCUGCCAUUUUCGACAUAUCUGUCUGAAAAAGCUGAGGAUGGGCUGAAAGCAGAUGAUACAUCCAUGUUCCGUUGUGAACCGUCCCAUCUGAGCACCUGGGGUUCUCCGUCUUCCUUCACUUCAGAAAACCUGGACUCAUCUCAUUCUGGUGAAUCUUCUCUUCUGUUUCCUCAAGACAAAGACCAGAUCAACAAUUGUCCUGCAGGAAAACCGGCUUUAAAUGGAAACGCAGUCCACCUAAAUAGCUCCUCUCUGUGUAGCUUCCUGAAGGCGGGCUGCAUAAAAGCGGACACAAAUCAGUACAUCCUGCCAACGCUGCUCUCUCCUGUUGCAUCGCCAUGUAGACCUGCGUGGAGGAAGAGCUGUGAGCGUCAAAGCUCAAGCAGUUCUGAUGAAGAGGAGCAAGCGGAGGACAAGCAGUCAUCUCCUGAAUGUCACAGGCUGCAAAACCAAACUGAAGGACAUUCCAGCGGCAACAGUACUCCAGGAAAAGCCAGGACUUCCCUCUGGAACGUUGAAGAUGAGCGUGAUGGUAAGGAGGAUGAAUGUGAUGAAGAUGGGCAGGCUGUGGGAGCUACGAAGGAAGAUGCCUCGCACUCUAAAACGAAGAGCCCAGCCCUAUCACCUGUUCAGACCAAGGCUCCGCCUUGCGUUGGUGAGGAGGAUCCGCCCACUCUGGACGAGAUCACGGCCUAUGAACACGACAUCCUGCUGGUGGACGUGAACCAGGAUGACCCUGACCUGUUUGUGGAUUCCCCCCAACUAAGUCUGCUGAGGCUGGGUCCCGUGCGGGCUUCCGAGGCCCCCAAAAAGACUGCCCCAGCUGCCGCGAGGCUGCCGUUUGAAGUGGGCGGAGCCCCAGGUAAAGCAGUUCAAAGCCUGACUCCUGUGAGGAGGGAUUUGUGCUUCGAAGGUCAGGACACAGCAGCAGAGGGUGACAGCAGACCGUGGAGACCUCGCUGCAGCAGCACCACCCCACCCAGCACACAGAAUGCGUGCCCCACUACAGACGAGCACAGCAGACGUGUGGUUCAGUUUGAUGUCAACAACAACCAUGCAGACGGCGUCUUUAAAAGGAUGCAGCCCAUCCAGACGGUCGGCUCUUCUCUCAGCAUCCCCGCCCAGCAUCCAUGGGCUAGAAACGCUGCCGGCGCGGCCAACUUCUGGCGCCAGAAGUCCAAUUCUUACUGCAGACAGUAUUUCAGUGAGUCGCUGACCUGUGGGUUCAAGAUGUGCCGCUUCCAGCAUCUGCCUGUGGAGGGUGACGAGAAGUUCUGCGUUGAAACUGUGAUGAGGUUCAUCAAAAAUCCAGCAUGCCUGCAGAAAGCUGGGGCUGUCUUCUCCGGGUACUAUCAAAGCAGCCCACCGGGGGUGUACUUCUCCAUGCAGGUGUUCCUGUCCCUCCUCUGGGCUCUGCUGAAAGCUGGGAUGGUUUCUGAUAUCUUCUCCAUUCUGCGUGUCACUUUGGCCCACAACAUAGUGCCCAGCCACGAGUUCCUGCUGGACCUUUUUGACUUUGUGCGGGAGAAGUCCCUCACAGGUUUUGUGCUUGAACUCCUGCAGCUCACCGUUAAGAUGGUGAACGUUGGUCUGGAGCUCAGCUUGGACUGUGUGAACCACAUGCCUCUGUUCCAGCAGACAAUUCAUGCACACCCACCAGCUGCAGCUACUCCACACCAGAAGUCGUCUCCCAGCGCUCCUUUACCGGACUGCCUGAGCUUGGCUCACGCCGUCAUUGAAGUAGAGCUCUGCACCAAACAAGAAGACUGGAAGCGCAUGGGCAAAGUGUUCUGCUCCGUCUGCCAGUCGAGCCAUCACCCCAACCAGGUGGAGCGCAUCAGCGGCCGCAUUGCCAUCGCACUGCUCUCAGAGAGCAAAGACAAGCUGUCGCUGCCCUUUGCUGCCUUUGUGGAAACAGUGUUUCAGAACGAAGGGGAGGGAAGCCUGGUGAAGAACUUUGUCGGCAGAAUUGGCGUCUCUUUGAUGUUGAGAUACCAUAAAACCCACCAGUGGUUGAAGGGUCGUGCGGUGGUGGAGAUCAUGUCUGUCUCAAAGGUCAGCUACACCACUACAAAGGGUUUGUUUGGGAAUGAGGACAGCGCAUCACGCUGCAGCCUGGUCACCGUGGCGACAGAGCUGUUCCUACUGAGCGGCAGCGUGGAGGGAGCCCUUAACACACUCCGGGAGAACGCCUGGUUCCUGAGCUCCUCCUCCUGGCCAUGUGACCCUCCAGAUCUGGAGAACCGGACUCGCGUUUUGAAACAUCUGGCUGAGAAGACGUCUCACAGAGACACUCUGGAGGUCCUCAGUAACCUGCCAGGAAUCAAAGACCCCAGUGAGUGCCCUGACAUCUCCAAGUACGCUCUUCUGUUCAACUCUCACCUGCAAGCUUGUGUGGACAGACAGAUACUCCCUGUCGCUUCAGACACGGUGGACUUCAUGCUGUCAAAAAAGCUCCCCGUAGACUACACGCUGCUGCAGACUCUGUUGCACAAGCUGGGAAAGCAGAACCUUUGGCUUCGAGCACGAGAGGUCUUCAGGCACUCCCUGAAAGCGGGCCACUACCCCGGAGUGGUCGCCCCACCUGGUUUCAUGACGCUGGUCAUCCCCUGUGGACUUGGAGAGGUGGAGCAGGUCCUCACGCUGGAGAUGCUCAUCACCGUUAAUGCGUCGCACAUUCUGCGUCUUCCAGAAUCCUCCUCCUCCACUCUCAGCAUCACCCUCACAAGGACCAACAGCUGUGAGAGCAACUACCUCUCUGCAGGGAGCCGCCUCCUCACAGCAGCUUGCAUCCCGCAACCCAAACUCACCAUCCACUACACAGCGGUGAACUCCUCCCAGGAUCAAGUCUUCAAGCUGGACGUCUCCUCGGCUCGCCGCUGGCUCCGCCACAAUCAUUUGUGGGCCAGUGAGGUGUGGGCACAGUGAAAACGGGACCUCCCCCAAAGCGUUUCAGCUUCCUGUCUUGAUCAGGAAACUCUUCAAACACAAUGAAGUCAGGGACUCUCCUGUAGAUUCCUGCAGCCUCCUAGUUGAGGCUCGCUGUCACAGUUCAGUGUAAGUAGAAUUAGAUUGUUCUAUUUUCACGGGUUUGUUCCAAAGCCAAAACAAAUUAUUUUUUUUGUUUUCAGUGAAUAAAUUCCCCCCAAACACUAUACUUUCAUCAGUAUCGCAGUUUACCCACACCAAGAAGUGUAUCACUGUAGCAUAUUUCUCUUGUAAGUUCUUCCCAUGUUGACAAUUUCAUAUUAAAUAAAUCCAAAUUGACUGCUG